GAUAUCAGGAGAUAUCGAUCGAAAAUUAAAUUCUCUCCCUUUGAUAAAAUUUCCAAAAGCGAAAUUGGCGGGAUCAAUGAUCUCCGAACUAUUUAAAUUCGCCCAAACUAGCAUCGCUGUCCAUUCGUCAGCUUCGCGCCUUCGUCUCUCUCCAAUCUCCAUCGUCCGCCAUUAGGAUAAGGGUUUGCUAUCGCGAUCUAGGGUUUCAUCCCAAUUGAAUCCGACGACGACGACGACGAUGCCCUCAAUCAACCAGUUCGAUGGACCUUCUCUCUUCGCCGGCAACAAUUUCAUGCCCUCUCAAUCCACUCAAGCCCCCGAUCCCGCUUUCUCUGCAGCGAAAUCAAACCACGGGCCUCAGAGCUUAGUGCCGGUAACAGUGAAGCAGAUCGCUGAAUCCCUCUUCUCUAGCGACGAUAAGUCCAACCUAGUCAUCGAUGGGGUCGAGGCCAAUUUUAGGGUUUUGGGAGUUGUGGUAGAUAAGGUGGGGAGAGCUACCGAUGUGUCUUUCUUGCUUGAUGAUGGUACCGGAAAGAUCGAGAUCAAUAGAUGGAUAAGCGUGAGCGUCCCUUCAGAUUCAGUGGAGGUGGCCGCUGUUGAGAAUGGGAUGUAUGUUCUAGUCCAUGGUCACGUGAAAGAGUUUCAAGGCAGGAGGCAUGCAUUUGCCUUCUCCAUAAGGCCUGUGAUUGACUUCAAUGAUAUUUCUCUCCACUUCAUUGAGUGCGUAUGUGUACAUCUAGAGAACACCAGACUGAAGGGAGGUGCUCCAACUAGAAUCCAGAUGAACCCAGUUAUUAACCUGACUUUGGCAAAUGGAACUAAUGGAUAUCAGACUCCUCUUUCCAAUCAAUUUCCUCAAAAUUCAGGCAUGGGUGCAUCAAAGAAUGAUAUUUGUUCUGUUGUUCUUGGAAUUUUCCAGGAACCAUCAAUUCUUGCUCGUGAGCAUGGGUUACAUAUAGAUGAGGUAUUCAGAAGUCUUGGAGUACCAAAGAACAUGAUCCUGGAGGCAAUAAACUACCUUGUUGAUGUGGGCCACAUAUAUUCAACUAUUGAUGAAUACCACUUCAAGUCAGCAAGCAGUGGUCAUCAGUAACUCAUCCCUCAGCCAGUUUAAAAGUGCACAAACUCACACAACACAGUAAAACUACAAAUAAAGGCAAAAAUAGAUGCUUGUGAAAAUAUUUUACACUGUUGAAAAUUUCCAGCCACUUGUCUUGUACAAAGUACAAACAGAGAACAGUUCUCCUCGUGCUCCAAGUCUGUUAAAUGCGUAGAAAAGGUAUGAAACUGGCGAGUAGCAGUCAAAAAGAAUUAUCGAUUUCUUGGGCAUUCAUUGUGAAUAUAGACACUGAACAAUUCAUAGCAUAUACCUUGAUAUUUUUCCUCAGAUA